CUACAAGUUCAUCACUUUCGAGUUCGAGUUCGAGUUCGUAGAUACUGCUGUCCGAUUCCUUUGUCUGCUACUUUCUUGCGGCGACCCAACACUCCCCUAGAUUCCGACACUUUCCCCUGUUUCUUGAUAAGCCCCCACAGAAGAGCAGGGGAAGGUCGCGUCCAUGGCGAAGAGAGCUUCUGCCUCCUCUUCUUCGGGUCAACCAAGUCAACCCAAGAGGCAAUGCCUCGUUCCAACGGGUCAAGUAUGGAGUGGGUCCGAGAGGAAUCUUGUGCCGGGGAGCUGUUCGACGGAGGAGGAUGGCCAGAGAGUGAGCGGAGAAGAGCCAGAACGUGCAAAAUCUGACCCGGUCGAAUAUUGUCAAAGUUGCACUGGGAAUGCUCUCAAAGAUAUAGUGCAACUGAUCCAUUCAAUGGAGAAACGGAUGCAUUCAAAGAUCCAUUCAAUGGAGAAACGGAUGCAUUCAAUGGAGAAUUCUAUUCAGAAACUGACCGAAACAGUGGAGCUUGCAAAUAUUCACUCUCCCCACCUUGGAAGCAGGCAGUCAGAGCUCAGUGAGAGUCUGGCCAGAAUGACUAGGGUUAAUGCUAGAUCUACAGGAAUAAAUGAUGUGAGAAACUUACGGCUUCAAUUUCAAACCAAACUGUCAGAUACUCUAUUUACUGGAAAGAAACUACAAGGAGAUGGGGGUGCUCGCAUUUCUGUUGCCUUGAUCGAUGUGAAUACACGGGAUGUUGUUACAUCAGGCCCGGAAUCCUCCAUUAAGUCGGAUGUUGUCGUGCUUGAAGGUGACUUCAACAAAGAUGAUGAGGAUAACUGGGCUCAUGAAGAGUUUGAGAACUACGUGGUUAAAGAGCGUGAACGAAAGGGGCUGCUUUUGACAGGAGAUCUGCAAGUGACGCUGAAGGGAGGUGUCGGAGAGCUGGGAGAACUGAUAUUUACUGACAAUUCCAGCUGGAAUAGGAGUAAAAGAUUCAGGAUAGGGCUUAAGGUGGCAUUGGGUUAUUGUGGGAAUACGCGAAUCCGAGAGGCCAUAACAGAUGCCUUCCGUGUCAAGGAACAUAGAGGAGAAUCAUCCAAGAAACAUGAUUCACCAGCAUUCGAUGAUGAGAUCUGGAGGUUGAAGAUGAUUGCUAAGGAUGGGAAAUAUCACCAAAAACUGAGUGAAGCCGGAAUACAAAAAGUGGGGGACUUUCUACUGCAAUUGUUUAUGGACCCCACAAAACUAAAAGAGAUUCUUGGAAUGGGCUCAAAUUCGACAAACUGGGAUACCCUUGAAAAUCAUGCAAAGAGUUGCAAAACAAAUUGGAAACUUUAUUUGUACUAUGCAGAUGGCACGAGGAAGCAUGGUGCUGUAUUCAACACAGAUCGCCAACUAAUUGGCCUAAUUAAAGAUGGAGUAUAUUGUGCUACUCAUCGACUUUCUGCCGAUGAUCAGGAACAAAGAGAUACAAUCGUGAAAAACGCCUUUGAUAACUGGAAUGAUGUUAUGGAGUUCAAUGGAGAGUCCUUCUCUUGUUCAAUGCAGAAGAAAAGCUCAAGCUCUUUUCCAUCUCAAGCCUUACAAAUUGAAAAUUUCCCCCCUGUUCAAUGUAAAUUGACUCCACGGAUCGGUGCCGCUCCAGGUGGUCCAGAAGCUCCUCCGUCAAAUGGGGGCUUCAAUGCUGAAGGACAUAAUGGUACAAUUGCUUUGGCAUCGCCGGUACAGUUGAAAAAUACCAAUUCUGGAAAUGCCAUGAAGCUUUCAGUUGAUGAAAGCGUUCAUCUCGCUGCACAGCAACCCAUAUCAACAGACCCCUUGAAUGUUCCAACUCCUCAGGGAGACAAUGGUAUAUCUACAGUCGGAUUGCCAAUACAGUCCCAUGGUAACAAUUUCCAAUAUGCCAUGCCGAGCCAUACGAUCCAUUCUUCAAGCCAAAUGAACUAUACGGUGAGUGAGAAUGUUUCCCCCUCUGAACCACCCUCUGCCGCAAUAUCAAUCUCCCAAUCUAGCAGUACACUUCCUCAUCCUCAAGGCAAUCAUGUGGUGGAAGGUUACGAAUCAAUUGAUUCAGAUGAUAUUUUGGGGAACUUGUGGUCUGAUAACCCAGCAUAUGAUAUUUGGUCGUUCCUUGGGAACCCAUUAUAUGAUGGUGGUUCUGUUAGAGGUACCGGCAAAGGUGUUAGUGGCUGGCUCAAGAUAAAGGCAGUGAUGCUGUGGGGUAUCUUCAUCAGGAAGAUCGUCAUGAAGAGACGUGGCAUAAUUGUGCAGUUAGAUGAACCACGGAUUGAAGUCUAGGCUUGAUUUGAUUUGUUCUUAAUGUUGCAUUAGAACAGCUUUGUUGGAACGCCUUCUCGAUCGAAUACUUUUUUCAUCAGAAAGUCACUCUUCUUCAGUUCUUUCAACAUCUUUUUUCAAUAGUUCUCUGAUUUUUCACAUGUAAGGAAUGCAAGGUAUAUCAUUCACAGAGAGUACUUGCAUUCUGCGCUUAUUAUUCAUAGAAAUCAAUACCACGUCCAUCGAGUCCUAUGUAUAAAGUCUUGCCUGUUUGCUGCUAUCCACUGACAAUAAAGCUAUGUUCGGAACACGUACACCGUUAAAUCAUGAUGCUGAGUUCCCUCGA